AUGCCAGAACACGCCAAUACCGCCCAUACAGCAGCCAUUGCUGCCGCAGACGACCCAGUGUCCCACAACUCGCAAGAGUCGGUCCAGUCUGCCGUCUCUAGCACCUUCUCGGCCCCGGCACUACCCUCCUCCUCGAGCAACCUGUCUACCUCCACCACUACCGAGACGGACCUCACCACCCUUUCGUCGACCAAUGUAGCAAAUCAAAGUAAACCUCCAGAGGCACCAAUGCCCAAGCCAUCGAGCCAGGCUGCUGCUGGAGACGUGCCAGCUGCACCGCGCAUCGAUACAGCCGCCGCCAAUGCGCUGCAGAAUGGUGGCACAGCAGCCAGUUCCAUGACACCAGAAUCUCCAGCAACCCAAGGCUCCAAGAGAACCGUAGAUGGUUCUCUCAAGAGCGCAGGGCCAGUGCCCGAAGCGCCAUCGGUACGCACAUACGCACACAAGAGGAACAAGAGCAUGGAUACACACUCAGGUACUCGCAUUGGAGAGUUAUCCGCACAGCUUAAGACGCGUCUUUCCUACGCCAUGGUCAAAGUCCAGAACGGCUGGGAGAAGCAGUCACUUGACGAGCUCGAAGAAAGCCAGUCACAACGCGGUUCGCCCAAUUCUGCUCCUGGGAGAAGUGAUCACCUAGCGUUUGACUCGCCUGGCACUACCGACCGCCAACGAAGACCAAGCGGCGUCUCUGAUAUAUCGGACCAAAUGAUCAUGUCCCCUGCUUCUGACCCAACUCGAUCACUCGCCGGGACCCCAGCUUCCUACUGGCGGCCGGGUACGCGUCCCGCAAUGAAUGCUGCGGCAAACCUCAUCUCCAUCACCGGAGCACAUCCUGGCUAUGGCCUUGCACCAGCCCCGACCUUCCAGAGUAGGCGGAGAAGUCGCUCGAGCGUCUCACAUGUACCCCCUCCACUACUAGGAGCUAGCCAGAGGAAACACUACAGCGAUAUUGGUGCAGGCCCGCGGUCACCAGCAACCCCUCGAGCAGGUAUCCUUCGUAUGCCAAGUCAACAAGCAGAAAAAGACGCUGUUGAUACACUGCUUUUCAUGAGCAGCCCCAACAAUUCACAACGCUUCCCGGCGAGCAGCCAGCCUCAACCAAGUCCACUCAGAGCUGAAGCGCCUCAACGACGCGUCAUGUUCGAGGCCUACCCCCCACAAGACCGGCGCGCCAUGUAUCAGCCAUCAAUGCCUGCUCCACCUCAUCACCACCAACACGGACCGUACCCCGCGUAUCCAGCGAGAUAA